AUGCUUCAAGAAAAUGGAAACCAUAAAGAUAACAUCUACUCAGUUCUGUGGGAUUUUGGUGGACAAUCAUUGUACUACGAAACCCAUCCAAUUUUCCUUACGGAAAAAGCUAUCUAUAUUUUGGCGUCUGACUUGAGUCGUGAUCCAGACGAGAAAGCCAUCCCGCCUGUCAAAACAGGACUUUCCGAGAACAAAGUGGACUUUGACUACAUUAAGACAAACCUUGAUUAUCUGGACUUUUGGAUGUCAUCAAUUUCUUCCUUGGUAAGUCCAUGUGUGCUAAGCUCCCAAGAGACCGCUCCGAAUGUUGUACCAAGGAGGCUUCCCCCAGUAUUUCUGGUAUGCACCCAUGCUGACAUGCCGUUUGGUGGAUCUAACGCAAGGGAACUUGCUUUAAAAACGUAUGGCUUUUUGCAGCGUAAGACCUACAAGGAACAUCUGUAUAAAGAUGUUUUCGUUGUGGAUAAUACAAAGUCGGGGAGUGAAGAGGAAUGUACUGAAGUUAAGCGACUGAGAGAAGAGGUAGUUGCUGUUGCGAAGGAACUGAAGCUGACGAAAGAAGAAAUUCCGGUAAAGUGGUUGAGGUAUGAAAAGAAGCUUCGCGAAAAGCGUGAUAAGUGUAUAAAAUUUGAAGAAGCCAAGCGUAUUGCAUCUGAAGACUGCGGAAUCCAAGAAGAUGACGAGUUUUCCACUUUGUUGAACUUUUUGCAUGAUCAGAGAAUUGUGAUUCAUUUCAGUGGCUCUCCAGAGUUGGAAAGGAUGGUGAUAUUAGAUCCUCAGUGGCUUGUUGAUGUCCUCAAAAACGUAAUCACUGUAAGGCGUUUUAAACACAAGGAGCAUUCUGUCAAAGAUCUGUGGCUACAACUUGAAGAAACCGGAAUCUUGGAUGAAAAGCUCAUUGACCAUGCUUGA